GUUGCUAAUAAGGAUUUAGAUGUGGCAGUAUCGGAAGUAAAAGUGACAAAAUGGAUUUAUUUUGAAAGAUAUGUGGAUAAUAGCCUAAAGAAAGUGUAGAUCGAAGGGCAGUCUGUCACAUGACCAGGCCGAGUUAUAUAGAAUAUACAAACAUUUUAAGAAAUUAUUUUAGAUACUCCAACUGAAAAAGGUCGUUGUAAAAGCGUCACGGCGGGAAAGAAAUUACAUUUCAUAAAAGAUCACUAAACCUUUGUUUAAGGCACUGACCUUAGUUUGCAGUUAUCUGUAAUAUAUCAUCAAAUGUGAAUUCAAGAUACUUUGAUGCCAGCCUUCUGAAAGAUUAUUUAUUUUGCGCCGACAUUAGAAAAGAUAUCUGUUAAAAUGUAUUGAGUUUUUAUAAAUAAAAGCGGACACAGAGCUACAAACCAGUGCAGACAAUUUGAGAUCAUCUUUAAUACAAUAUUAUCCCCAGCUACAUCGGUAAAAGUGACACUGAUAAGGAAACCAAUCACACAUAACAAUAAAUUUCAGAAUAAGAUUAACAAUAGAUUCUCUUCAAUUGGAUAUAAGAAACUCCUUGCGUGAUCUUUUCUGAGACAUAUCAAUAUCAAUCACAUAGAAAGGAUUUAAUCUUUGAACGUUCAUAUCAAACGGCAGGAGUUACAUAAAAAAAUGGAGAAUCGUCAGUUGUAUCAUAUGAUUAAAAGUGGAAUCAAUGUAAGUGAUAUAGAUGUUUUGGAAUCUUCAAACGAGACAUUUGAAUUUUUUGACAACGCCACAGAACGUAAUCAAGUCAUUACUUCUCAAAGUUUAUUUAUAACCCGCUUAAUAGUUCAGAAAUAUCUCGUUCCGUUUGUUGUUACAUGUGGCAUUGUGGGAAACUUCUUUAAUAUAGUAGUUCUUAUAAAUCCAAAAAUGCGAACAUCAACAAAUAUAUAUUUAAUGUCACUUGCCUUCUGUGAUUCUCUUUAUCUACUUUUUACAUUAACACUUUCGUUUCUACACUGUUCAAACAAAAACCUUCCCUUAGACGCUUUUCGGUAUAUACCAAUCGCAAGAGUGCUUUCGGACUUGUUUGGGAAUACUGCUGUUUGGCUGACGGUUUGCUUCACAUUAGAGCGUUAUAUAGCUAUACGUUUACCAAUGAAAGGGAAAGCAUGGUGUACAGUUAAAAAAGCAAAACUUGCAAUUUUUGCAGUUGCGAUUGUUUGUUUUGUGAACACUUUCCCCGAAUUUUUUAAAAUGCGUAUAAAACGUAUUUACACUAAUAAGACUACAAAAACUUGGCAUUUCGCAUGUGUUUAUUCGGAUUUUGCAAAGAAAUCCAGCUAUCAGUUCGGGUAUUAUUGGUGGUUUGUGGCUAUCUUUACGUUUACUCCGUUAGUUCUGUUGUCCGUCUUUAAUUUUCUCUUAAUACGGUCUGUUUGGGCUGCAAACAGAAGGCGCCAGAUACUCUCCCAGACAAGAGUAACCGGAGAAACUGUGAAGAACACCCACGAACAACAGCGUGUUACUAUGAUGCUUAUAUCCGUGGUUGUGAUAUUUCUGGUUUGUCAGACACCACAAGCUAUUUUACUUAUCUACAGAUCUUACGUUCAAGCAAAAAAUAUAAGAUACCCAGCAGACUUCAUAAAAAUAUCUGGAAAUAUUUGUAAUUUAUUAGUACAGAUUAACUCCUCGGUGAACUUCUUCCUGUAUUCAUACUUUAGCAGCAAGUUCCGAAGAACGUUCCGACAGGUAUUUUGUAGAUGUAAACGGAAAAAUAACUCACUGAAUUCGUCUGUCACUUAUUUUCACAGGACGUCAGCCUUAUGCACAGAAACAAUAUCGCUUAGGUCAAUGCCAUCCUGUAACUCUAGCCAGCGAGUAAGAACUAAAAAAAGAGACAUUGUUGUAGAACUCAGGUAAUUUAAAGCAACACUGUCUUUAUAAGUAAAGUAAUGACACAUUCCGGAAGAACACUAGUUUUCAACAAAAGAACUUUAGUGACAUUUUGUUUCCUUUAUGUCACAUUAUGGAGCAAAUACAUCAUGGUCUUGGAGUAGGCAAGGUAUCUAAAGACAGAAAAACAUUAGUAUGUCUAUGUAGAUCAAGUGUAAGACAUAUGAUGUCGUUAAUGUCUACAAGAUAACAGUUACUGUAAAAUGAACAUUUCAUCAUACAAGAUACAGAAAUAUUUGGUUAUUUGUGCCUGUUAUGAUGUUUCUAAAUAAUAUGACAAACCAAUAUUA